AUGAGCAUCAACGGCGAGUUUCUGAGGUCCGUUGAAGUCAGAGCUGAGAAGAAUGCCGAGGACAAGGAGGUCACAUUCCUGGUGGCCAAGACGUCGUUAGCACCUGGGAUGAUCGUGGGAUUGGUGGAAAAGGUAAGGAAAAGGUUGGACAAUCAUCCACUAGACUGUACUUUGUCAAAACAAACAUUCAACAAAGCCUUUUGCAUGCCGCUCGUUCUUGAGUUGGCGAUCACUGCCGUCCCUUUCUCUGGAUAUACUUGAACUCUAAUCUGCCGGUCCAAUUAAAGAGUCCAUGUAAACAAGCAUUAACUGGGUCACUUGAGUCCGUUUAGUGACCUUAUUGUGGCCAAGAUCCCGGCGCACCUGGUCCAAUUAGGGGAGAAGGGACGCCUUUUCUUAGCGCACUUCCUGUGGCCAUGCUCAGACACCUCUCGACAGGUGGAAGUCUUCGGGGAUAAGGUCUUUCAAAUCUAAUUCCAAGCGCGGCCUACCGUAAUCGAAUCCAAAGGCAAUAUUUGAAUCCUAAAUCAUGGAAAGCGCAUGCAGAGAUUCCCAAUCCCAACAUUUGACGGAAGAGUAAAGAACUAUCCCAAGAUGUAAAGGACCUCGGGAAAUAACAACUUGUUUCAUUGCGCAAUCUUUUCUCCUUUAGAGGAUCACCCGAAAACAGCGUUAUUGAUUGCGUAACGUCUUCUUCCUGACCUCCCAAAAAGAAUGACAUUGCGUACAAUUACUGUAAGGGGUAUCCAUGAAAAUAUUUGUGGAUAAAUGUACUGCGGGCAUGUCUUUACGGAUCGAUUUAUUGUAUCUUUCAGUUCUUUGAUCUCAUGGACGGCAUGGGACAUUUUUCUUAUUUUACAUACUCUGGUCUUACCGAAUCUCAUCAUCGCUGGGAUCUUUAUUACCCCAAAUAUCUUCCGGAGAUCCGUCGAACCCAUGUCCUGAGGGCUUGUCCUCUACCGGAAGGACGUCUUCAAGCCCGAGCAAUCAUCUUUUCUGCCAAGUCCUCUUCCUUCUCAUUCUCUGCGGCCGGAAGUAUGCCGCCCUUCUCUCUCAUCUUCCCCAAACGGUGCGUCUUCAAUUUUCCGGCAUUGUCUCCGGUCCUCAUGGGCUUCUUGAUGGUCAUAUCUUCCUGGACGCCGAAUGGAGGUAGACGUUUACCUUUUUGCCAAAGCUCAGGGACAUCACAAAAUGCGGGAAAUAAACAUCAAAUAAAAUUUUUGGCAUCUGAAAAAAAUGUCAUCAAAGACAAAUCUUUGUUGGACUAAAUUUGUAUAAUAACAGCAUGUAAAUCCACACUAGACGCCAUUCGGAAACAUAAACAAUCCGUGAGAAGUGACGUAACAUAAGGUAAUAUAGGGAGAACAAAAAGUUUUGGGAAGAAUCCGGAACACCGGGAGAUAAGAGGCGGUCCAUGAAGAAGAUGGGCACCUGUCCUCAGUUUUAUUACAGAACGGAAACGGAUUUGAAUCUGCGGUUUUAUGAUGUCCUUCAUUGAGUCCUUUAUAGGCCCUAAUUAGGUGCUAACGGCGGGAUAAAUUUAUAUUUUCAAGGUUAAAAUAACGGGACGGAGAGGGUUCUACAAUUGAGGUCUACUGUAUUUUCUGGAAAUAUUUAAAUUAUUUUUUAGAUAUUUGAGACUUUCCCGUGUCCUUCUGUCAUAAUUUUUUUGAAUCGUCCGAUCAUCCAAAUCUCAAUAAUCGUGCUUGUUUGACAUGGUCUUGGCACCGGAUUAACGGCAGCAGGUGUUUGAAUCCCGACCAUAUUUCUGCAAUUAAGCCCGCAUAAUUAGCAGUUAGGUUCAAGACUUAGUCCUUUUCUACCAGUACUUACAAGAUGAUCUUAUCUCGUAAUUUUUUAUUAUUUUUUCGCUAUAACUCUCUCAUUUGGAGUUCAGUGCCGGUGGACAUAUUCCAAUUAGAGGGGUAAGCGCGGGCCAGAUGUGGUCUCAAAAUUCAACACCGAUCUCUCUUCUCUACCUGUCUGUCCAUCCUUCGGUAAUCCUUCACAGUUUCUUAUUAACUGGCCACGGUUUGGCCAAUUUCCUGUUUUCGUCCCGUGGGAUCCGUACAAGGGAUUCGCUGCGUCAGUGCCUCAGGGGUUUCAUUUAGAGAACCCGGCGUUUUUGUAAUUGUUUGUCCUUUGGACUACUUAUCGGAACGAAGGCAAAGGCAAGGUGUUCGGGAAGUGGUUGUCUUCGGUCAGCUGAUUGGUAUUAUACGAUUUUUUAUGGACUUUUCAACUCCCGUUCCUCCACUUUAUCAGUUACUUUUGGCAGAUGGGAUGCGUUCAUCUAUUUAUGGCCUUCACUGUGUUGUUUAGAUUAUUUAAGAUUCCUUUGUGUAUUUUAGAACGGCAUCAACGACUCCAACGCGCUUCUCCUGCUCAGUUUAUUACGUCCUCUCCCAGACAAAGACGACGUAACUCCCAACAUUCGAAUACGACGUUUUGGAUCGGCUGUAAGUGAGAUCUCAAGUGCUUAUUAUUGUUUGUAUGGGCUAUCUCACUUGACCUGCUGAUUGUAGAUUUACAUCCAAACAGCACGAAUCAUCGCCGUCGAGGAGCGCCUUGCAUCGGAGACCUUUCUGGACUUUCGAGAAGAAGAUUGUGUGGAUAAAGUGCCCGACGAAGCCGAAGAGCCGUGAGUUUAUCGCUUUGAUUAGCUUGAUUUGGCUGCGCUCAACCAAAGGUUGAAACUCAUUCAAGUAGCUUAUUAAUUUGUAAAUAAAGCGGGAGGGAGCUGCCUUCUGCUGCUUCGAAUUUUAUGGCUUUUCUUGUAAGUAACUGAACUACUCUUAACAGUCUCACUUUUACUAUCUUCUCCACCUCGACCCACACUCCCAUCUCAACUUGACUUUUGUUUUUGCGAAGAUCCACUCGCUCCAGAAUCCCGGAAAGAAGUUUUCCGGCUUCAGCCGAACAGCGUUCCGGGAUCGCCUAUCAACCCCAUCCCCUUCCCUUAGGCUGUCUUUCUAGUGUAAUCAGCGCUUAUCAGGACGCGUCGAGGCCUUUAUCGACAACCUGUUCACGCCAUCCCUCCCAAUUAGAUGGUUGCCCUACUUCCUUUGAAGGAAGAGUAAAUGAUCAUCAUCAUUUACUCCUCCCUCUUUUUUCCCACCUUUCCUUCAAUCUCGCCGCCGCACCGGAUGAAAGUGAAAACGGCAAAAAAUUCGCUUUCUUUAUUUUCUUGCGCCAUAAUUCGACUACUCGAGGAAAUUGGAAGAGUUGGCGACUUCUGGAGAGGGUUGAAGUUACUGUAGUUUUGGGUGUAUGCUAGGGUCAAUGCAAAGAUAGGGAGAGGGGACGAUGAUCCAAUUCAUGGUAACAUCCCCUUGAUAGCUUUGCUUACGUUAUUACAUGUAGGGCAUCCCGAUUACGGUCUAAUCCUUCAACGGCUUCUUGUCUUUUCCCCUCUCCCCAAUGCCACAUUUCGAGUCCCAUAUUGGAAGUCAAGAGAAUAGCCGGAACCGGUUUAAUCGCGCGACCCAGUCCCGGGGAUGCUGUCCCACCUAACGGGGUCGAGAUCAUCUUCCGCUCCUUCCACUUUCACUCCUCAGAAUCCGUCCAUUGUCUGGCUUUCUCUUACCCCGUUUUUCGUGAUGGAGUCCAUUUGCGAUGCGGUCGGUCGCUACGCCCGUGCCGUUGUUCACUUUCCCUCUUAACCGCCGCAUUCGCCCCCAGAAUCCGUGCUCCACUGACCCAGAUUACGCCAUCCCGAAAAUAACCAGAGGGCGACACCCUUAAGUGGAGGCGAGAGAGAGGCAGAGCGACGCCGACGACAUCCAGAUUCCGCCGAAUGAUGCGCGCGCGCUUCUACCGCCCCGUUCAUGAGGUCAUCUCGUCGAGGAGAAAGUCCAUCCACAACGGUGAAAGUGAAGAUAGCCGGGGGCGAGGGGGAGGGAGGCAGGAAGACACGUUCCUCACCCACAUUCAUGUUACUAGCCUCGUGCUGGGAAGUACUAGUCCACCUAUCACUGAUCAUCGCAAUGUUUUUGAGUGUUGUCCUAGUAAGCAGAAUCUAAUAGCACAACAGGUGGUUGUUCUAAAGGUUUCUAAUGUGCUGUUAGGCAAUAUGGUUACGCCCCCGAUAAAUAUAAUUGCAAAUUAAUUUUGAAAAAGCCGUAAAUCUUUACGAAUGUUGCCCUCGGGGCCUUUUCCUGCGUAUAUUGUCACCCUACAGCUAGUUAUAUUGUCUUCCCUGACCCGAAGAAGUUCAGUUCGGGCCCAAACAAGAGCAUCACUUGUCUUCAGAAGCAUGUUCACCAUCUUCUGGAUACGCUUUUGUUUGCGUUUUCGCAACCUUUACUGAACUUGCGCUUUAUGGGAAACGAGAGGAAGUUGGAGAUAUUUGACCUGCUGACCCCUUAUUUUGGUAUAAUAAUGUAUUUUGUAUUCCGUUGUUAUUUUAAUUACCGCUUAAGUGGGCAUCUAAUUUAUAAUUCAAUUCCAGUUUUGAUUCCCUUGAAUCACAGCCCGAUUACGGUGUUGGAGAAGAGGACGACGAGGAAGAAGUUGAGGAGUCUGAAGACGAAGAAUCCUCGGUCGAACAGCGGCAUCGCGAGCAACAAGUCGCAGCUGCCGUUGUAGCCGCAGCCGCCGCCGCCGCAGCCACAGGGCAAUCCUUUGCCUCAUUCACGAGGAAAGGCGUAGAGGAAGACGAGGUCGAGAACACAGACUUCAAUCACAGCCGAUCAGAGGGUCAUUCCAGGCCAAAUUCUUGCAGUUCCAACAACUCUAAUCAACCUCACAAGUGUCCCGUCUGCCCUAAGGGGUUCUCAUCAGCCAGGUAUUUUACUUUCUUAUUCGAGACUUUCAUGAUGAUUUCCAAAAUUUUUCAAUCUUCUAUGUUUUAUUUUUUUAGUGGCCUAAAACAACAUAGUCACAUCCACAGUAGUAGUAAGCCUUUUCGUUGUAACGUGUGCAACAAGGCUUACACUCAAUUCUCCAAUCUUUGUCGGCAUCGAAAAGUCCACCUUGUAAGUGAAAACGAGUAUUCAUUGCAAGGAAUGACGUCGUUUUCUUAUGUUUUCAAUUUCAGGAAGGCUUUACAUGCUCGGCUUGUAAUCGUCAAUUCACAAAUCCCUCAGCCCUCCAAAAGCACCGUGCUCAGUGUGAACGGUAUCUUCAUCAGAUGACCUCCACUUCUCUUUACAAGCCUUUCCAUGUGGGCUCUGUCCCUCCCUUGGCUGCCCAAGCUGCCGGUCCAGCUUCAGCCCAGGCUAAUCCCUUGAGCGUCGCUCCUCAUCUCCAAUUCGCUCCUUGGACUCAGAUUCCUCAAUUGCUUCAUCUUGCCGCUGCUAGAAAUGGUUUAUUUGGUCUCCCUUCGGCUCUAUUCGCUGCUACUGCCUCAGGCAUGCAAACAGCUCAAACUCCUAGUGAAGAGUUGAGUCCUACAGAUCAAUUCAAGAUCAAAAAUGAUUUCCCAACGGCCAGCAACACUAUACAGAACCAGCACGAGAGUAUCAGCCCUUCCAAUUCGAUCGGAAAGAAGUCAUCCAUAUUCAGUGCAGAAUCCCUCUUAUCCCGAGAUCCACCUCAAACUGUGAUCCAUAAAACACCGUCGUUUACAGAAUCCAAGAAAGAGAAUGAACUAAAAAUAGAUGACAAUGAUAUAGCUACUACAGACUCAGAUACUGUAGAUGAUGACGGGACUUCUUCGAGAACAGACUCCGAGAAGAAUAUUCUGAUGGACACAAGUUCCAAGCUGGAUGAAACGAAGACGCCCAUGUUCAAUGACCUGGCGCCCUUGAUGAACCCAUUUUCCUCGCAGGCCUUUCUCCACAUGUUCAGGAAUUCGAUGGCUGGUCCAGGGGGUCCUGGACUAGUCCGCCCAUCGCCUUAUCCUUUCCUUCAAGCACAACAAGGAACCAACUUUGCUGCAGCGAUGUCGGCGACCAAUUCGAGUGGACUUCCCAAUCAUCCGCAGAACGCUCAGCAACCAGGCAUCGCUCCCAGGAUGAUGAACGCUACCGUUAGAUCAAAUAAGGAACGAUAUAUGUGCAAAUUUUGUUCGAAGGUGUUCCCCCGAAGCGCCAAUCUAACCAGACAUUUGAGAACGCACACUGGGGAACAACCUUACAAAGUGAGUGCUCACAUGUUUUCCACUGUUAAUCUAAUCUACUCUCCUUUCAACCCUUACUUUUUAGUGUACAUAUUGUGAUCGCUCGUUCUCCAUUAGUUCGAACCUCCAGCGUCAUGUUAGGAAUAUCCACAACAAGGAGAAGCCGUUCAAAUGUUCCCAAUGCGAUCGAUGUUUCGGACAGCAAACAAAUCUCGACAGGCACAUCAAAAAGCACGAAAUGCAAAGAGAAAACUCUGUCAGUCUCGAUUCGAACGGUGGAAACAACAACAUGAACAAUCUGCCCUCAGGGUUUCUACUCGACUCGUUAAAACAGAAGGCUUCGGACACGAUUCCCUUACACUUUAAUGUAUCCAAUCUAUUCCAACACAAAGAGUAG